UCCAUUUUUUAUUUCAUUUUAAUUCCAUUUUCUUUUUUUCUCUCUCAUCUUCUUCUCUUCUCCGACCUCCAUGACUAGCGUUGCAGCUCUUACUUUGCUCCCAAUCUCCAUUUGCAGGCCUUCAUCCAGAUCUUAUUCCAAGAAGGGUUGUCAGAAUAAGGAUGCAUUUAGGGUUUGGGCUGUAUUUGGGGAAGAAGGGGGAGGAUUGGAGAAGAAGGGCAAUUGGGGAGCAAUUUUCAAUGUGGAAGAUCCUAGGGCAAGAGUUCAUCCAUCAAAAGGUAAGAUUUUGGAUGUGAAUCAAGCUUUGGAGGUUGCUAGGUUUGAUAUACAGUACCUGGAUUGGAGAGCUCGCCAGGAUGUGCUCACAAUUAUGCUUCUCCAUGACAAGGUAGUAGAAGUUCUUAAUCCAUUGGCACGUGAAUACAAAUCAAUUGGAACAAUGAAGAAGGAUCUUGCUGGAUUGCAAGAUGAACUUGCGAGAGCUCAUCGGCAGGUCCAUAUUUCAGAAGCCAGGGUAUCAACUGCAUUGGAUAAGUUAGCUUACAUGGAAACUUUGGUGAAUGAUCGACUACUGCAGGAGAGGAAUUCGAAUGAAUCUAGUUCCGAUAGUGCACUGUCGCCUCCGAGCACAUCUUCGAUAUCAACUGAGGUCUCUAGAGUUAAAUCACAUCGAAGAGGUCUAAAUGUGUCUGGUCCUGUCCAGCCUUAUCAUCCUAGCUUGAAGAACUUUUGGUAUCCUGUCGCCUUUUCUAGUGAUCUGAAAGAAGAUACAAUGAUACCUAUAGAUUGUUUUGAAGAACCAUGGGUGAUUUUUCGGGGAAGAGAUGGGAAUCCCGGGUGUGUUCAGAAUACAUGUGCUCAUAGAGCUUGCCCUCUUCAUCUUGGAUCUGUGAAUGAGGGCCGAAUACAAUGUCCAUACCAUGGGUGGGAGUACUCAACCGAUGGAAAGUGUGAGAAAAUGCCAUCAACCCGAAUGCUUGAUGUGAGAAUUCGAUCCCUGCCGUGCUUUGAACAAGAAGGAAUGGUGUGGAUAUGGCCUGGCGAUGCUCCUCCAUCGCCGAGCCUUCCUUCUUUGCUACCUCCACCCGGAUUUCAAAUUCAUGCUGAGAUUGUGAUGGAGCUUCCAAUUGAGCACGGGCUUCUUUUGGACAAUCUCUUAGACCUUGCACAUGCUCCUUUUACUCACACCUCCACUUUCGCCAAAGGAUGGAGUGUCCCGAGUUUGGUGAAGUUCCUCACACCAGCAUCAGGACUUCAAGGGUACUGGGAUCCUUAUCCGAUAGACAUGGAAUUCCGCCCUCCAUGCAUUGUACUCUCUACAAUUGGAAUCUCAAAGCCGGGAAAACUGGAGGGGCAGAACACUAGGGAAUGCUCGACACAUUUGCAUCAGCUUCAUGUCUGCUUACCCUCCUCGAGACAGAAGACACGAUUAUUAUACAGAAUGUCUCUGGAUUUCGCCCCAGUUCUUAAGCAUGUCCCUUUUAUGCAUCUCUUGUGGAGGUAUUUUGCCGAGAAGGUGUUAAAUGAGGACCUUAGACUAGUCGUAGGGCAGCAGGAAAGGAUGAUCAAUGGAGCUAAUGUUUGGAACUGGCCAGUAUCUUAUGACAAGCUUGGGGUGCGGUAUCGGUUGUGGAGAGAGUCGCUUGAAAGUGGCACCAAGCAAUUCCCGUUUGCUAAACAAGACAAGUAACCGAGUUUUUUUUUUUCUCCGGUCGAGUAUCAGCAAACAUAGCUGCUGCUGAGUUUUAUCGUCUUCAUCCUAAUUCUUUUGAGGUUUCAAUGAAUGCAUGUUUUUGAGGUGCUAUUGAUAUAUGUUCAAGAUCCUGAUAGCAUUCAGAAAAGUCACUGGCUGGGAGUUCUCAUUUUCCAAGCUGAAAAGAUGCAGGACUUCCCCACUUUGUAACAUUAGAUUUGUACACUACAUUCAUAAUAAGCUCAAGGCACGCAAGUUGGUGUGUCUACCUCUUUUCUUCUCUUUCAUGUACAGUGCUGACCUUUUGGGUUCAUGGUUUGUUUCCCCUCUUUAA